AUUUAAAAAAAAAAUGUGUUCUUUCAAUCAAGCAAAUCAUAGUUAAAUACAAAUCAUAUAAGAUAGGAUAUAUAAUAAGAUACAGUUUGAGUUAAAAAUUAAUUGAUAGUAAACAUAAAUAAAUACAUGAAUACAUUAAGCGCUAAAAAUAUGAUUACAAAGCAAUACUUGGUAUAUUGUUAUGUCACAUUAUUUUUACAAAAUUAAACCUAUUUAUUUCACCGAUGGUAUACAAAUUUUCUAUUGUUAAGUAAUAUCGAUGUGCAAACGAUGUAUGAUCUUCUAACCGGUAAAUGCGCAAACGAUGUACAACGCAAAAGUUGAACGAUGCGCAGAUGUCUUACGAAAAAAGUCAAAAUCAACGAUAGUAAUGCGCAAACGAAAACGCACAACAAUUAUUUUACCCGUGAGCACACACAACGCGUGUUGGCAAACAGAGCGACGCGUCGACACCAAACAUUACACGUUUACCAGCGACGGAACAAUGCAAACACAUCUGUACGGGUUUUCAAAAAAAUAGAAAAAAAAAAAAACAAUUGCAAAAAAUAUGGACCCGGUACGGAACGCGUAUCCGGUAGUAGAACUCGCGACAUCGGCGAAAUCGGUCCGUUUCACCGGGUAUUGUCGUACGCGUCCGAAACGUUUCGGUGUACUUCGGUGGCUUAUACGGCGUUUAUUAAACGGUUUUCGUUUUUUACCAUCUAGACAACGGUUUCCGCGCACCGACCCGGGUCGCGGUCAAGGAACAAACCACCCGUAACCUUAACGCGGCGACACUAACGCACACGGUACGACAUGGUCCCGUUCGGCCGGGUCGCCAUGUCGUUCGCCGCGCUCGUCGUGUGCGGCGUCAACGGUUCCGCGGACCGGUUCCAGUGCGCGUGCGGCUACAACGCGCUGGACCACGUGCGCACGGUGCGCGCGACGCUCGCGGACGGCAAGGUGAACGCCGCGGUGGUCGUGGCGGCCGAGUACGGGCCGCUGGCGUCCCGGAUGCUGGCGGCCGCGCACAGCCGACCGGAACCGACGGCGCGGUGGCUGUGGCUGUUGAACAUGUACGCGAACACGGUGCGGUGGCACGCGAUCGAACGGCGGCACGGCAGCCCCGGUUCGCCGCUGGACCGCGUGGACGGGCCCGCGCUGUUGGCGGACGCGGCGGCCGCGGUCG